AACGACGUACAGUUGUGCAAUUGUUAUUAGAAUGAUAUUUAAAAAGCUAAUACCGAGUUUAAUAAUUUUAGUGAUAGCGGACGAAGUAUGGACCCAUGUUGAAAUAGAAGCCGAAGAUUACUUUUUUCCAUUAGAACCAGUAAUAAAUUUCUGCAAAAUGGCCGACCAGUGUCAGCAUGACUUUGUGGCAAUUUGCGGGCAAGAUUCUUUAGGUAUUUCUAGAAUGUUCAACGACAACUGCGAUCUAUAUGAGUACAACUGUGAUGAGAAGAAACAAUAUCGCCACGUAAAGCUAGAUGUGUGCAAGUAUGAAGCAGCCGCUUCUGAGAGGGCACAGUAUAGUUAAAGUAGUUACUACAGUAUGUUACAGUAUAGUUAAGUAGUGGCUUUUGUUAAUUGCAAAUAAAUUCUAUUAUAAUAUAACUGACGUACAA